AUGUCGCAACGAAAAAACCAUAGAGGCCAGCAGAAAAAGGCUGCUGCCAGCCCCAGCAAGUCCGCUGCAUCCUCACAAUUACAGACAUUGUCGGAAAUGUUCCCCGCUUGGGAGGCGGACGAAUUGGCGGCCUUAUUGUCAGAACACCACGAUGACGUGGAAAUCGUCAUCGACUUAAUUGUCAAUAACAAAGUCUCCAAGUGGGAACCCAUCAAGAAGGAGCCCAAGCCCAAGAAGAGGGAAGAGGUUAUAACCGAUCUGAACGCCACUCAAACAUCUCACGCACAUAAUGACGCCAAACCCAAGCAUCUGAGAGAGCGUCCCAAGAACGAGAAGCGCAGAGAAAGAAAGCCUGUACAAAGAAAGGAGCCAAGCGCAGCUGUCCAAGCCGCUCAAGCUGCCUCGCCUGCUCCUGCUGCUGCUGCUUCGACCUCUUCUACAUCUUCUGCAUCUGUGCCCUCCAACUCAUGGGCUGCCGCGUUAUCUAAGGACGCCAAGCCUAAGCAAAAGAAAGAGGAACCAGAAGUCAAAGAGCCAGCUCAAGAACAGGAACAACCUAAGGAAGAACAAGAGCCUGCAGUGGCUGCUGCUACCGCGGCUGCUGCUUCUGCUGCCUCCGCACCACAAGAAACUCAAGCUGCACCUGCUGCUCCUGCUGCUCCUGUUGCUCCAACUACUACUACGACGAAUGAUCACGCAGAAAAACCAGCUACAACAUGGGCCUCGGCGAUCAAGCCUAAGGCCAAGCCAAUCAAGAAGAAGGCUCCUGAACAUGUUCCAGAAGAGGAAGUUAGCGAAGUGGUCGUAGUGGAGACUGAAGUUUCAGACGUUGUAUUGCCACAGCAAGUCGCCGAAGUCGGUGUUUCUUUCGGCUCGUUAGCGUUGGAGACCGAAGACGUUCCAGAGUCUCAGCCAGAAGCUCAACCAAAACCAGAGGCCCAGCCUGAGUCGCAACCAGAGCCAGAGGUGCAACCAGAAGCUGAACCAGAAAUCCAACAAGAACCAGUCCAGCAAGAACAGGUUCAACCUCAACAAGUUCAGCAACAGGUUCAAUCUCAGCCUGAACAACCUCAACAACCAGUUCCAGUCCAGACUCAGGAACAACCUCAGCAACCACAACAACCUCAACAACCUCAACAACCUCAACAGCCACAGGCUCAACAACCUCAACAGCCUCAGCAACCUCAACAGCCUCAACAACCUCAGCAACAACCUCAACAGCAAGGUCAACAACCUCCUCACUUUGAGAAGCCAGCUCAAGGUUACGACUACUACCCGCAGUUCCAACAAACACAACAGUACCAGCAAGCCGCUGGUUCUGUUCCAGGUCAGUACGCUUACCCAUCGUUCGACUACUCUGCUGCCUAUGGUCAACUCGGACAGGCCGGUCUUGGUUCUGUAGCUUCUCCUGGAUACUAUCCAGCAGCAGUGAACGGUGCUGCUAAGCCUGCUGCUCCUGCUCCUGCAAGUGCUGAAAUCGGCCAAUCUCCUUUGGUUCAGCCUAACAACAUGGGUCAACAGAGCAUGCAAUCCGGCCAGGCUCAGGUUCCUGGUGCUGCACCAUUCGGUUACCCUAACUACUACAACUACUUCUACAACACUCCGUUCUAUGGAAAUGGCGGUAUGGCUGCUUCUACCACCUCCUAUGGAGCCCAACAGCAACCUCAACUGCAGCAAGCUGCUGGCGAGAACGCUCCUGCCUCGGGCGAGCCUGAGACCAACGGCGUUCCAGCACAAGCGCAAGCAAACAACCAGUACUACGCGCAGUACUACGGCCAACCCAACCAAUUCGGCUCUCGUGGCGGCUACCCUUACUCGGGCUACCCAGCCAGUCAGCCAUACCCACAAUCUGCCGGACAAGAACAGCCUGAAGGUGCUCAACCAAGCGCUCCUCAAGGUGCUCCAGUGCCAGGUGUGCCACUGUACCCACAGCAGAUGCCUCAGUACGGUGCUUACCAGCAGUUCCCACAAUACGGAAGCUACCAAGACUCGAACCAAUACCGUGGUUGGUACUAG